UCUCCGUCCCUGUCACUCUGUGUACUCUGCCCCCAGUAGCAAGGGUUACGCUGGGAGAGGCUGGGAGUCCAAGAGUCCUGAACAGUACCUGAGCCACUGAGGGGGCCACGGAGGGCCUGAGAAGAGACUGUCCUCGGGCCCCAGGGCACCUGCACCUCCAGCCUCCCCCUUCCCUAGCGCACAUGCUCUGGGACUUGGCCAGGGCCAGCACCCUCAGCGACCUUGGUGCUGCAGCACGGCUGGCCUGAAGGAAAACCCACCCUCCGCCCCCAGGCUGUCAUAGAGCAGAGCUGCUGCCUCUACCAUCCACCAUGUCAAAGACGUCGCUACUUGGACAGGACCACAGCAGCCCGCUAAGCACGCACAGCCGGCCCAGGGCCCUCCUGGAGAGCGGCUGCCCUCUUGCCGGGGAAGCCAGCGAGCUGUCGCCAGCGCAGACCUUGAUCCACCUGCUGAAAUGCAACGUGGGCACCGGGCUCCUGGGGCUGCCCCUGGCCGUGAAGAACGCCGGCCUGCUGGUUGGGCCGGUCAGCCUGCUGGCCAUCGGGAUCCUCACGGUACACUGCAUGGUCAUCCUGCUCAACUGUGCGCAGCACCUCACGCAGAGGCUGCAGAAGACCUUCGUGAACUACGGGGAGACCACCAUGUACAGCCUGGAGUGCUGCGCGAGCCCCUGGCUGAGGACGCACUCGGCGUGGGGCAGGUACGCUGUCAGCUUCUUGUUAAUCGUUACCCAGCUGGGCUUCUGCAGUGUUUACUUUAUGUUUAUGGCAGACAAUUUACAGCAGAUAGUGGAAGAAGCCCACGUCCUCUCUAACACCUGCCAGCCCAGGAGGGCCCUGGAGCUGACCCCUCUCCUGGGCAUCCACUCCUACAUGCUGACAAUCCUGCCCUUCCUGAUCAUGCUGGUGUUCAUCCGGAACCUCAAGCUGCUGUCCAUCUUCUCAGUGUUGGCCAACGUCACCACACUCGGGAGCACGGCUCUGAUCUUCGAGUACAUCGUGCAGGGAAUUCCAUAUCCCAGCAACCUACCCCUGAUGGCAAACUGGAAAACCUUCUUGCUAUUCUUUGGUACGACCAUCUUCACAUUUGAAGGUGUUGGUAUGGUUCUGCCUCUCAAAAACCAGAUGAAGAAUCCACAGAAGUUUUCCAUUGUUCUGUACCUGGGGAUGUCCCUUGUCAUCGCCCUCUAUAUCUGCAUGGGGACACUGGGCUACAUGAAGUUCGGGUCGGACACCCAGGCCAGCAUUACUCUCAACCUGCCUAAUUGCUGGUUGUACCUGUCGGUCAAGGUGAUGUACUCCGUCGGCAUCUUCUUCACCUACGCCCUGCAGUUCCACGUUCCGGCCGAGAUCAUCGUCCCGCUUGCCGUCUCCCAGGUGUCAGAGAGCUGGGCGCUGCUGGUGGACCUGGCUGUCCGAACAGCCUUGGUGUGUCUGACCUGCGUCUCCGCCAUCCUUGUCCCGCGCCUGGACCUGGUCAUCUCCCUGGUGGGCUCCGUGAGCAGCAGCGCCCUGGCCCUUGUCAUCCCGCCGCUCCUGGAGAUCGUCACCUUCUACCCCGAGGACAUGAGCUAUGUGACCGUGGCAAAGGACAUCGUGAUCAGCACACUCGGCCUCCUGGGCUGCAUCCUGGGGACAUACCAAGCCAUCUAUGAGUGGGCCCAACCCAUCAGCCACGCUGUGGCCAACUCCACAGGUGUUUAUGUGUGA